GACGCCAGCUUGUUUCAGUCGGACACUUUUCUGUGCGACACAAAACAAGCAGGAGCUGGAGACUUUGGAGGAGCUGCACCGUUGGCUGUCAAAUGAGUCAUAAAUGUAUGGCAAAGAAAAGCAAGUGUUCUGUCUAAAUGUAUGCCAAAGAAACGUGUUUGAGCUGCAGGCGUCACAUGUAGGUUAGCUCGAAUGCUAAGAAGAUGCUGAAGCCGUCCGGCGGCUCCGCAGAUGAGCCCAAGUCAGCCUUGGUCCGGCCCAGGAUAGCCGUGUACCGAGGCCCCAGAGGAGGACACAAGACCAACCCCAUCAGCGUCAUUCUGGUUAGCUCUGGAAGCCGAGGAAACAAGCUGCUUUUCCGCUAUCCUUUCCAGAAAGUCGCCGAGUGCGCGACGUCGCUUGCAGCAAAGCAGCGGAAUCGCUAUGCACUCAACACAACAGGGGAAGUUGAAGACCAAGAUGGAGAUUCAAGAGAACCAUCUUCACUAACUGACGAACAGUUGGUAGCGGGGUUCUCUGACAUCAUCCUGGCCACCAUCCUGGCCACCAAAUCGGACAUGUGCGGCAAGAAGUUUGAGCUGAAGAUCGACAACGUUCGAUUUGUGGGUCACCCGACUUUGCUUCAGCAUCCUCACGUCAUUCAGGUGUCUAAAACAGAUCCUUCGCCAAAGAGAGAGAUGCCCACCAUGAUCCUAUUUAAUGUGGUCUUUGCAUUAAGGGCCAACGCCGACCCCUCCGUCAUCAACUGCAUGCACAACCUUUCCCGCCGCAUUGCCAUUGCGCUGCAGCACGAGGAGCGCCGCUGCCAGUACCUGACCAGGGAGGCCAAACUCAUGCUGGCCGUGCAGGACGAGAUCACCACCGUCACGGAGACUGACGAAAGUCCACAGUCGCCGUUCAGGCAAAUUCUCCCCAAAUGCAAGCUGGCCAAAGACCUGAAAGAGGCGUUCGACAGCCUUUGCACCACCGGGGUGGUGCGAUUGCACAUCAACAAUUGGCUGGAGGUGAGCUUCUGCUUGCCACACAAGAUCCAUCGUAUUGGAGGCAACUACAUCCCACCUGAGGCGUUAGAGCGCAGCCUAAAGGCCAUCAGGCCCUAUCACGCACUGCUGCUGUUGGAAGGCGAGAAGGCACUACUGAGCCAACUUCCCGUCGACUGCUCGCCCGCCAUGAUGCGCCUCAUCAAGACAUGCUCGGCGGUGAAAAACCUGCAGCAGCUGGCCCAGGACACUGACCUGGCCUUGCUUCAGAUCUUUCAAAUCGCCGCCCACCUGGUGUACUGGGGCAAGGCCAUCAUCAUCUACCCUCUGUGUGAGAACAACGUGUAUAUGUUGUCUCCUCACGCCAACAUCCACCUAUGCUCCCCUCAGGCUGAACACUUUGCUCAGAAGUUCCCCGGUCACGAUCUUCCUUCCAUGUUGGCAAAGUUCUCGCUGCCUGUCUCGCUGGCGGAGUUCCGGAACCCUCUGGAGGCUCCUGCACAGGAGGCCCAGCUGAUCCAGAUGGUGGUGUGGAUGCUCCAGCGCCGCCUGCUCAUCCAGCUGCACACCUACGUCUGCCUGAUGGUGCCGCCUGUCAAGGACGAGCCGGCGUCCAGGGACGACGACCUCCCGCUGGCCUCCAGGGUCGGGGGCCAAAGUCUAAGCACCCCGACCGCCCUGAGCUUUGGAUCACCGACCAGCAGCGACGACAUGACCCUGACCAGCCCGAGCAUGGACAACUCCAGCGCCGAGUUGGCGCCCGGCGGAGACUCUCCCCUCAACAAGAGGAUCCUGUUGACCGAGACCCUUUGGGCCAGCCUGUCGGACUACGAGAGGCACUUCAUUCUCAACAUCCCCUCCGCUCAGAACCAAGAAGACCUGCGGAUGUUUACCAGGCUGCUGCACUAUUUCCGGGGCCACCACCACCUGGAAGAGAUCAUGUACAACGAGAACAUGCGGCGCUCGCAGCUCAAGACGCUCUUGGACAAGUUCCGCAGCGUCCUGGUGGUGACCAACCAUGAGGAUCCUAUCAUUUCCAUCUUUCAGUCGCCCACGGACUAGACUAGACUAGACUAGACUAGACGCUUUGGAGGCGUCAGGAGCUAGUGCUUCCUGCAUGAAGGUAUGAAGGGUGAAAACAAAGAAGGAGUUAGUCUAAAAUGAGUUGUUAUAAAGGAGGUGACAUGAUGAUGAUGAUGAUGUUGUGUGAAAAGAAAGGCGCACGCUGACUAAUGCUCAUUCCAGACCUCCACCUCAUGACUCCCAGAGGUGGGAAAGGACUUUGGACAUCAGACAGGCUGCUUUUGCUUUGAAGGGAGGAGAAAGCUCCAAACAUCUGUGGAAUCAAUGAGAGGCCAAAUCUAAAGCCGCCAGUCUUUUAUUUGGAGAAAAAAAAAAGUCAUGCGUGCGUAAUUGUUUUGGACUUUUGGCUUUUUGCCUGCGUGAAAUGACAGUUUUAGUUGGA